AUGGCUGGGAUGGUUCACAGUAAUUUGUCGGUGUUUGAUGGUAAAGGCUACGACGAUUGGUGCGUUAAGAUGGACUCUAUUCUGCGUUUCCAAGAAGUGGACGAGAUAGUCAAGAAAGGCUUCAAAGAACCGUUGAAGGGAGAUUCAGAAGAAGCAAAGAGACAACACAAGGAGAAUACAAGGUUGGACUACAAGACUCGAAUGUUGUUGCACCAGUGUGUGUCGGCUGCUAACUUCCAGAAAGUCUCGAAAGCUGUUACGGCGAAGGAGGUUUGGGAUAUCCUGCAAGAAGGCUAUGCAAAUUCUGAAAAAGUCAAGAAGAUCAGAUUGCAAUCUCUUCAGAGACAUUAUGAACCCUUAGGCAUGGGAGAGCAAGAAUCAGUCGUUGAGUACAUCGGAAGGAUCCAAGUAGUGGUGAACGCCAUGAGAGCCUGUGACAAAGUCGUGAAAGAUAAGAAAAUUGUGGAGAAAAUACUCAAAAUGUUAACCCCACAGUGUUACCAUAUAGUCUUGGCCAUAGAAGAAUGUAAAGAUCUUGAGAAUAUGAGAGUCGAGGAAUUACAGAAUUCUCAGGAGGAACAUGAGCAGAGAUUGGUUGAAAGAAGAAAUGCGGAAAAGGUGGUGGUUCAAGGCACAAAUCAAGCCUUUCAAGCCAGAAAUAAUCAAAGCUACAAGGGUCGUGGAGUUGGAAGAGGUAGAGGUCGAUCACGAGGGGGACGAUCAGGAGGCAGAAAGAUUGACUGA